UCAUAUCAUAAAACUUCCCUUAUUUGUUUCUUUCUUCUCUUUCUUAUAUUAUAUAUUUAGUAUCUUUCCAAAAAUGGUGCUUGCUGGUAAACUUAUCACUGAACUUGGGAUCAAAACACCCGGUGAGAAGUUCUUCCAACUAUUUGCAACUCAACUUCACGAAGUGCAAAACGUUGUUGAAAGAUGUCAUCAUACCAAGCUUCAUGAAGGUGAAGAUUGGCAUCACAGUGAUUCGGUUAAACACUGGACUUAUGUCAUGGAUGGCAAGGUACACACAUGCAAUGAGCAGGUUGAAGAAGUUGAUGAGCAGAACAAAAAAAUCACUUUCAAGCUGUUUGGUGGAGAUAUUGAAAACUACAAGGUCUUUAAGCUCAUCUUAGAAGUGCUUAACAAGGCAGAUGGAAGUUCUGCUGUUAGAUGGACUAUUGAUUAUGAGAAGAACAAUGAGGAAGUUGAGACUCCAAAUGGCUGGAUGGACUACCUUAGCAAAGGGACCAGAGAUAUUGAUGGUCAUCUUGUUAAGGGGGAAAAAGUAGAUGGACUAUAAGUCAUGAAGAUAUUAUAUUAAAUAAGGACUUAUGGUCCAAUGGGGUUGGCUUUUGGGCACACAACUGUUUAGUGUGAUGUUUGUAUUCAAUAAAUGUGGCAGUGAUGUCUUAAAAGUGUGUAUUGUAUUGUGUGUGAUGCAAAUAAAUGGAUGUUUGUAUGCUUUGCAGUUUAUGCACUGCGAUAAUUACAUAAAAAAUAGAAUUACAUCGGUAA